UUUACGUUCUUCACACACAUUUUUAGUUUAGUUCCUCAAAGCUUGUGCGGCCCUUCCAUUUUUUUGUUUCUGGCAAGUGAAGAACCUAUUAGUGCUAAAUCUUAAAAUGUGAACACCCCACCCAGAUGGUUUAAUAAGCUUAUUUACGUUACUUUAGUGCACUAAUUAUGUAUUUUGCAUCACAAUCAACAGUGCCAUCUGCCAAUUAUUUUGUUCAUUACUUACUUCCAUACUUCACAUUCGCCAUUAUUUCUCGAAGGAAAUUCAUAGAAGUUCUUAUUCGUCGAAGUUUUGUAUAAAAAGCUGCAAUGACUGCAGGAGAAAUUGAAAAAAUCAACAUUACUCCUGAUGGAGGAGUUCAAAAACAAAUUCUCAAAGAAGGUACUGGAGAUAGUACACCAGAAAAUGGAUGUAAUGUAUCUUUGCAUUAUACCGGCAAGUUGACGGAUGGUACAAUUUUUGACUCCAGUCUAGAUAGGGGAGAGCCUUUUGAAUUCACCCUGGGCACAAGAAGUGUUAUACAAGCUUUUGAUUUGGGGGUCAUUACCAUGAAGCUUGGUGAAAAAUGUAAUUUAAUUUGUGCUCCAGAAUAUGCAUACGGCGAAAGUGGCAGUCCCCCAAGUAUUCCGCCAAACGCCACCUUAAUUUUUGAGCUUGAAAUGCUGGGAUGGAAGGGAGCAGACGUGAGUCCAAAUAAAGAUGGAAGCAUUGAACGUUUUACCAUUGUCAGCAGCGAUAAGCGUCGCAGCCCCAACGAUGGAUCAUUGUGCAAAGCACAUAUUACUGGCAAAUAUGAUGGCAAAGUGUUCGAUGAACGUGAAGUUGAAUUCAAUCUAGGCGAAGGAAGUGAUCUUGGCCUUAUUGAAGGUGUAGAAAUUGCAAUAGAAAAAAUGGUUGUUGGCGAGGAAUCAAGAUUUAAAAUUAAAUCCAGAUAUGCUUUUGGUACUAAGGGAAACGAACAGUUUAAUAUUCCACCAAAUGCUGAUGUAGAAUAUAUAAUAAAACUAAUUGAUUGUGAAAAGGGCUUGGAAGAUUGGAAAUUUACCCCAGAGGAGCGUUUGACACAUUCAAAAAUCUACAAAGAGAAAGGUACAAAAUAUUUCAAAAAAGAGAACUAUUCCUUGGCUCUUAAGAUGUACAAAAAAUGUGUGGACGUUUUGGAUAGCAACAGCGAUGAAGAGAGUCACAAAUUAAAAGCGGCAGCUUACAGCAAUCAAGCUUUGUGCUAUCAAAAAACCAAUGAUCAUUUUGAAGCUAAGCAAGCAUGCAAUGAAACUUUGAAAUUGGAACCCAACAAUAUUAAGGCUUUGUACCGUCGUGGCCAAUGCAAUGUUACAGUCGCCGAAUACGAUGAGGCUUUAUUGGACUUCCAAAAAGUGCUGGAAUUGGAGCCCACCAAUAAGGCAGCUCAAAACCAAAUACAAAUCUGCAAACACAAAAUCAAAGAAGCCAAAGACAAGGAGAAGAAAAUCUAUGCAAAUAUGUUCAGCAAGUUAGCAGCGGCCGAUAAAGAGCAGGAUACGCCACCAGAAAAUGAUGUUCUAGCCAAAUGUGGUGAAUGGCGAGAUGAAAAUGCGAAAUCCGAUAAAUCUGGCGAUGAAUGGACGGAUGAGGAUACCAAGCGCGAAGCUGAUUUUGCCCUUGAACGCGACAAUAUAGUAAUGAUCUAAGGGCCAGGCUGCUAUUGAAAUAUUUUCCUUAUCCUCCCAAGUGUUACCAUCGCCUGCAUACAAUAUGUCUCACUGUGUUUAAAUAUGUUUUAGAAUUUACUACUACUUAAUAAAAUGCAUUAAUAUCCUUAAAAAACAAAGCUUAGGGCCAAACUA